AUGUCUCUGGGAAGAGGACCAUCCUGUGAGUCCUGGCUUGCGUUCUGCCCACGCGAAAACCUAGAGGACUUGGACGUCGCCAACGCCGCCCCUCUCCUCAGCGAAAAACAACAUGGAGACACCAGGUUAUCCGCUCCUCAUUUUCGCAUGGCCAUUAUGUUCCUCGCAUAUGCCCUGUCCAAAAACACCUCGCUCCCUAUCUACGUGAUGCAUCCCUAUGGCACAGAUGAUGACCUGAGCGCAUGGAAAUCAGGGACGUGUCAACAUAUAGUGAGUCAAUUCUUCUGCGCCAGUAUCUUCCCCCUUAUAGACUCGCAAGUAACUUGGGACUUGCGUCUCACCGAUCUGGUGAAUCUACACCAGACGAUAAUCGAAGAAUGGGAUGACUGGGUUGAUGCAGCCCCUAGAUCAUGGAAGCAGGACGGCUGGCUUCUCACUCGGGCUCCCGCAGCAGUAGCUUGUCGUUACGGUCAGAAUCAACCCAUCGCCAGCUCUGACCCUCAGGCCCACACCUUAGAGGCCAGGAAUUGGCAUGCAGAGAGGGCUUAUCCCUAUAUUAGAUACAUCUCUGUGGCUAUAGCCACUGACAUCACGUGCAUCAGGGUAAAACGUUGGAUAGAAGUUCCCAAUGAUGAGAUCAUUCAGGUCCACGGCGUGGUAUACGAUUCCCCUGAUCCUGCCAUUCGCGAGAGGUAG